GUUUCAUUUAUUCAAUUAUUCCCUCUCUACCCCCCUCACUCGUUUGACUCAAUUCUCCGAUCCCUAUUUCCGGCGUAAACAGAUCGCCGGAGCACGGCCAACAGAUACGACGGUGAAGCAAUUUAUCAACCGAACUUCUCAAUUUCCGAUUAUGGCAUACGCUGAACCUGUACAUGGAGUAACGGAUGCAAUGCAAGUGACUAAUCUUCCUAGAAAACCCCGAGUUCUGCUAGCUGCAAGUGGAAGUGUGGCUGCCAUAAAAUUCGGGAACCUGUGCAGCUGUUUUUCAGAUUGGGCAGAUGUAAAAGCCGUUGCAACACUACCGGCUCUACAUUUUAUUGAUAAAACAACACUCCCGAAAGAUGUGAUUCUUUAUACUGAUGAGCAUGAAUGGUCUUCUUGGUCAAAGAUUGGAGAUAGGGUGCUUCACAUUGAGCUCCGUCAAUGGGCUGAUGUUAUGGUAAUCGCCCCGUUGUCCGCAAAUACACUCGCCAAGAUUGCUGGUGGACUGUGUGAUAACUUGCUGACAUGCAUAAUUCGAGCAUGGGAUUAUGAAAAACCGAUAUUCGUGGCACCGGCGAUGAACACAUACAUGUGGACCAAUCCUUUCACAGAAAGACACCUUAUGACAGUUGAUGAACUUGGAAUGACUCUUAUACCCCCAGUGUCAAACAGGCUUGCUUGUGGGGACUACGGGACCGGUGCAAUGGCUGAGCCCUCUCUCAUCUUUUCUACUGUAAGCCUCUUCAUGGAAUCUAGACAAAAUGUUAACGGAUCUUAAAAAUGUUUUCGGAAAGAUUAAGGACAUGCAUUUGAUUAAUAAUGUUUGGAAUAUUUGUAAAUUGAUGUGCUUGGAAUAGAUUAUUUGAAUAUAGAUCAAGAACACUGGAAGCAGCCUCCUC